CCAUCAUCUCCUUUCUUUGUUAGGGUUCCAUAUCGCUGAGCUCUCGAUCGAUCUGGUGGUGGGUUUUGGGGGCCUGAUCGCCUCCGCGAGACGAUGUUUCUUGUGGAUUGGUUCUAUGGCGUGCUCGCCUCCCUAGGGCUUUGGCAAAAGGAAGCCAAGAUCUUGUUUUUAGGGCUUGAUAACGCUGGAAAAACCACGCUGCUUCAUAUGCUCAAAGAUGAGAGAUUGGUGCAACAUCAGCCAACGCAGUACCCUACGUCGGAGGAGCUGAGCAUCGGCAAGAUCAAGUUCAAAGCUUUCGAUCUUGGAGGCCAUCAGAUCGCUCGCAGAGUCUGGAAAGAUUACUACGCUAAGGUGGAUGCGGUGAUUUACUUGGUAGAUGCCUACGACAAAGAGAGGUUUGCAGAGUCUAAGAAGGAGCUGGACGCACUUCUCUCCGAUGACUCAUUGGCGACUGUCCCUUUCCUUGUGCUAGGGAACAAGAUCGACAUCCCUUAUGCAGCAUCCGAGGAGGAGCUACGCUACAGCCUUGGUCUCAACAACUUCACUACUGGAAAGGGCAAAGUAAACCUUGCCGAGUCGAAUGUUCGCCCUCUCGAGGUUUUCAUGUGCAGCAUUGUGCGCAAGAUGGGCUAUGGUGAGGGCUUCAAGUGGAUUUCCCAGUACAUCAAGUAGACAAUACUGUUAUCUUUUGUUAAGGAACUCAUUUUUCAUUCAUCUUCUUUUCUUAUUGGUAAUCAGAAAGAUAUGGCACAAAACUCUCGUGGUUCAUGGAAAACUGACUAAAAAAAAUGACAUUGUUUCUUUUUUGUUCUUUA